AUGCUGAGCCUACCGGUCGUGAUCGCGGUGUCGGUAGGAUGCUCGGCCUUGCUCAUCGUCGGCGCAAUCCUCGGGGUAGCAGUUUGGUGGAGGACACGAAAAGAUCGUCUGUCGUUAGCAGUAGCGCAAGCUCAUAAUGGCGCAUCACAGCAAGAACAAGCUUGUAGCAGCUUCGUGACAGAUUCUCACCUCACCUCACCCUUGCCAACCUAUCCGUACAAAACACGCCACGAAUGGGCGCCACUUGGGUCACAGGAGACAUUUCAAAGGCCCCCGUCUCAACCUAAAAUGUUACCGUCUCCUUUGAAGAAGGAAAAGUCCAAGUCAAUACGACGGUCAAUCUCAAAAUCUCUUUCCAAAAGCCUCUCAAUAGGACGAAGCAGCCAAAAGCCUAUUCAUAUGGAACAGCUACCAAACCUACAGCCAGGACCACAGAAAAUUGUUUCUCCAGUCUAUCCCGAUGCCAAAGAAAAAGAACCCAAAUCUGCCAUCGCAGGUUUCUCAGAGCUACCCACUGAGAUAACUCCACGCAACACGCCAGAAAGGGACAGAGAUGAUAUACCUCAGCUUGAAACGUACAGUAGUCGACCGGGAUCUACUGCAUGGCCAUUGCUUCAGUCAGAGCAAAGGCUCUCCACCGUCACUGGAGGCCAUCCCACUUACUUUGACCAGAACCAUACGAGGAUUCGCAAUGGGAGUAUCACAGCCCAAACAGCUGGAAUGGCUCCGGAUAUGCCUAUGCCACCUACACCACUGAAGGUAGUACAAUCAUAUCAGUUUCCAAGAGAAGACUCUUUGAUGGGCAUGUCUUCAUUGAGUCUCGAGACCGCAAAUAGUUCAAUCUUGGAUGAUAAUUUGCGGAGGUCAAUGUCUGUUGACCACGAAUUCAAUUACUCACCAUCUUUGCCUCCAUGUCCUUCUUUCACACCCUUCAGCCCCUACGAUAUCGUGAUUGGAGGAAGCGUGGCUCGAGACUGCGCGUCACACAGAAGAACACAAUCUCAAAGACUAUCAUCAUCAACUGCGCAUCUCACAUCUGUAUCAAUGGAAUCCGGUAGAGGAGACCCAUCCCCUCGACGAAGUUUGACCACACGAGAAGUCUCACCUCAACCUCCAGAUUGGACCAGUCGAUUACCACGCCGCAGUGGAACGGUUCUGUCAUCUUCGUCGUCAGCAGGCCGCACUGGGAGCAGGCCCGUGAGUAGCUUAUCGAUCACUAGUCCCAACUCAUGCUUCCAUUCAGGACAAGGAUUGUAUUCUCGUGAGGAGUUUGGUUCUCAGAGCCAUCGACGCGAGAGGUAUUCAAUGUAUGAAAAGUCGCAGAGCAAAGAAAAUCAGAAUAUGAUUUUUAGCCAGAGUCUGGGUGAUCGUCCCAAGUCAACUCAAGCCCCCAGCCCAAGAGGAUCAAGAGAAAGCCUUGGAAGGAUCCCUUUAACUUCCGCUAUGAAAUCCGCUCACAGCGUGAAAAAGGGCCACAGAAGGCAGAAUUGCGUGCGAAUUUCCAUACACCCCCCGAUUACAUUUGGUGGUCCUGUCUUCUCACCAAUGCCGGAAGAGCCAGAAGAAGUGUUGGAUCUAGAGAAAGAUUUGGUCAAGCCAGCCCAACGGCGACAAUCAAUUCAGUCGCCACCAUCAGGAAAGGGAAGUGUGUCUUGUCCAAAUUCUUCAGAAAGGUAUCACCCUAGACAUAGUCGCCAUCGAUCUACGGGAUCCAUUAAGGACGAGUCCACACACCUCAGCGAGUCCUCCCCUGAUACAAACUCUCGUAUUCCUCGUCCACGUUCUUCUCGAAAGCGCGCACGCUCUGGAACGGAAUCUGCUGGCGAUGUCUUCACGUCAGAAAACCAAGCUGGAAUUCCUAACAACAUUUUCUCACGACCUCCAGGCGAAAGCAAUCUACUCACGACUCCGUCUCCGGAAAGACAUUCGCCGUUGUGGUCUCUUCCUCGCUCUGGUGAAUUCUCCGGCUCUUCACCCAAGUUCCCCGCAAACGCUUCGACAGGAAGUCCUCGGCGAGCGGCGCCAAAAGGACCACGCAGUCAACCGGAGCGUCAGCAGAAGAAGUCAGAAACUCCAUCUUUGACUAUCGACACUUCCUACGGUGGAUCUCCAGGCCAUGAGUCUCCUACCAAAAUGAGUGUCAAUAGAUCACACACUCUCGCCACAUCCCCGACAAAGGAUGUUCGGAAAUCCAUUACUCUUCUUCGCCGUAUGAAUAGCGAAGCUUGUGAUGAAGAUUCAAGAUCAUAUCGGCGCAUGGGUCGGAAUACCAGUCUCAUUCGACAUAAGGACGGGAACAUUAGGACGCCCCCAAGCAAUCAUAAUUCGGCAAUUAUUAACGACAGUUUGACUAUCUGGGAAGAUGUUGGUGAGGACGACAUUGUUAUAUCCCCCACGGUUCGACAGAAGAAACUUCCCUUCAAAGUCCUUGAGCGAAUCGACUCCCAAGGGACGGUCGAGGAGAACUUGAACGCGAUUAUGGAAAAUCAAAAACUGCUGGCUAUUCGCCAACUACCACCGAGCAGCAGUAUCGCUACCUUUGAAUAUCGUGGUCGGAACAACAACAACAACAGCGACAGUUCAGACGAAGUCGCCCCCAAACGGAGCACAAUAAUGCAGACCCCUAACAGCAAGAUCAGGGGCUAUGCGAGUGCAGCAGCAACUCCAGGAAGUCUGUACGAUGGAGAUGGUUUUUUGAAGGAAUAA